GAUUCUUUGUUUGCAUAAGCUUAACUUCGCCCGCUAUUCUCAAGCUAAAUUAAAUUAUGAUAUUUAUAGUACUACUCGUGCUUAUUUGAGACAUAAUACUUUGAAAACAAAUGGCAAAUGGGUUUAUAAAGUUUUGUACAAAAUUCUGACCAUGCUAAAUACAUAUUCUGAUGCAGGAUACAGUUUGAGUGGCGGCUUAUUAUUUUGAAUUUUCAUCGAAAAACAACGCUGUGCCUGCGAGCGAUUUUAAAAUUAGAGUAAUGAACCCGUGCUUAUAGAAUCUGUGAAUCAAUUUGCGUUGGGAAUGUUGUCAAUGUGACACAUGUCAUCAAACGAACGAACGACAAGAUCGAACAAAAAGGCAGGAAAAUAUCGGAAAGAUUUUCCAAUAAAACAUCCAUAAACAAAACGUAAUCCCACAAUGGAAGAGUAUGCUCGUGAACCGUGUCCGUAUCGCAUCGUGGAUGAUUGCGGAGGAGCAUUUGCGAUGGGUUGCAUCGGGGGUGGCGUGUUUCAAGCUAUAAAAGGAUUCCGCAAUGCUCCAUCCGGGUUUAACCGUCGUUUGCUGGGAAGCUUAACAGCGAUCAAAAGCCGGUCGCCUAUUAUCGCUGGAAACUUUGCCGUAUGGGGUGGAAUGUUUAGCACUAUUGAUUGCACAUUGGUACAUUUUCGGAAGAAAGAAGAUCCUUGGAACUCUAUUAUAAGUGGUGCGGCUACGGGUGGAAUUUUGGCAGCGCGAAACGGUGUGCCUGCUAUGAUCGGCAGUGCGGUGAUAGGUGGUGUGUUACUCGCUUUGAUUGAAGGCGUGGGCAUCAUGUUUACACGUAUAUCUGCUGAACAGUUCCGUAACCCUACUCCACCGACCGAUGAUCCUUCAGUGCUUGGUGAUCCUAACCAACAGCAAAUGUCUUCAACUCCACCGUCACCAUUUGCGUUCGGUCAGUCUGGGCAGAACUACCAAUAAUAUGCGUCAAGGAUUGUUACGGAUAUCGAAUCAAUACGUAUGAUGCUCAAUAAUUUGGGUAGUUUAAUUUGGGUCUACUGACGAAGUGUAUAUUUAAAAACAUUAAUGUAUAUUUUUGAGUGAAAGCGUGAGUGAGAUUCCAAAUGUCUCUGGUACAAGUUCGUCAAUCGGAUUCCCACGUUCGAUAUUAGGUUGUUGGUUAGAUCGAUUGAUACUUUUGAGGGAUAGGAAUGUUGCAUGAAAGAGUAGUGCUUGUGAUAAAAUCCAAAUUGGAUCCGUAUGUUUGUGUAAUGCGCCAUAGAUCUGGUAGUAAUUCAUGUUCGUUGAUUGAUUUGCUUUCUGGUGAUUGAUUUAUGUGAAAGUACUAAAACGAAGUGAAAUAUUACUCGAACUCCAUAGAUAACAUACCGGGAUAGGAAUGGUUAUGGAUAGGACUUGUGCCAGCACAAGAAGCAUGUGGUAUCAAUUCACUGUUCGUUACCGCGUACAAUUAUAGACAAGCUGUAACAGUAAUGAAAUGAUUCAUGUAAAUAGAAUUUGUACCGACAAUGCAAGUUUAACACUAAAAACGGCGUACUUUAUGGAUAAUUGAGCUACAAUAAGGAAUCAAAUUUUAGUAUGACAACAGAACGAAAACAUAAUGUUUUAACUAAAUGCACCAAAGUGAUGUCUCUGCCGACAGAAAAAAAUAGCAUCGAAUAAAAUGCCUCAAUCGAUACUAUUUGAA